CGCAAUAAAAAUAAAAAGAAAAAAGAGCUUUCUUGUUUUUAAUUAGUUUUUAUAAUUAAAAAUAUCACAAUCCAAAACAAAUAAACUGUUUUUACCGAAGAUCAAGUGUCAAAUUUGAGAGAUUAAUGCAAUUUGCUAAACCAGAACCUAAGCCUGAUGCACCUUCGUCUUUAAUAUAAUUAUCACUUUUUAAAUAUUGAAGAAAAAAUAUAUCAUAAAAUAGUUAAUUCGAAGGAAAAAAUGAAGAAAAAAGAUGAAAUAAUAAGAUUAAUUAAUUAAUAAUAAAA